AUAUUUGAAGAAAUAUAGAGGUAGCUAUUUCAUGUAAUAAAAAAUAGUGGGCAGCACUUGAUUUUGGGGUUUAUGUAAUUUAAACUUUCCCAGCAUAGGCAUGCAUAUGCUUUGUUGUCUGUACUCAGGCCCCUACACAUGGUCUAGAGACAAGAAUGGAGUGUAAGGUGUCUGAAUCAUCUCUACCUUUGUAUCUCAGUUUAAGCCGCCGGCCCUUCACCGGAAUUUGGCUGGAAAGUGGACUAUUCCGGCAGUUUGCAGGAUUUUCUUGAAUCUGAUCAAGUUCCAGCAAAAGAGACCCAGGCAUUAUUGUGUUACUGAGAAGAUGGUGCAGUUGUCUGCUCUAUUCCACACUUUUUCAAAGAACAUCACAAGUGGACCUGGGAAGAAGAGUAGACAUGGUGUUGAAAGAGAAGCUGCCAUUCACCUGGCAAAGGAAGCAAAGAGGCAUGAACUGGUGUUGACUGCUUCCGGUGUUGCUACUGCCAGAAAUCAGAAAAAUUUUGCUGCUGCUUACUCGAAACAAGGGAAGAAAGGGCUUAAUCAGGAUCGCUUCAUUGUCUGGCAGGAGUUUGGAUGCCAAGAAGACAUGAUUUUCUGUGGUGUUUUUGAUGGGCAUGGACCAUGGGGACAUCUAGUGGCCAAAUGCAUUAGAGAAUUGAUGCCAUCGUUGUUGCUGUGCAAUUGGCAAGAAGCUGUUGAACUAAACGGACAUGAUGCUGAUUACAGCUUGGGACUAGACAGGAACAAGGCCCAGUUUGAUAUGUGGAAGCAAUCUUAUUACAAGACUUGUGCUGCUGUUGAUCAAGAACUCCAGCGACAUCCUGGAAUCGACUCUUUUUACAGUGGUAGCACAGCUUUGGCACUUGUCAGGCAGGGCGAUCUGAUGAUAGUUGCAAAUAUUGGAGAUUCUCGGGCUGUACUAGCAACUACCUCUGACGAUGGAAGUUUGGUUGCAACUCAGCUCACAGUUGACCUCAAACCAAACUUACCUCAUGAGAGCAAACGAAUAGCACAGUCGAGAGGGAGGGUAUACGCUUGCCCUGACGAACCAGCAGUACACAGAGUUUGGAUGCCAAACGGGCAGACAGUAAAAGGUCCAGGCUUAGCCGUAUCAAGAGCUUUUGGUGAUUACUACAUCAAAGAAUUCGGUGUCAUCUCUGAGCCAGAAAUAACACAAAGAAGCAUAACUAUCAGAGAUCAAUUCGCUAUUUUGGCUACAGAUGGGGUUUGGGAUGUCAUCUCUAAUCAAGAAGCAGUAGAGAUCGUUGCUUCGACACCAGAAAGGGCGGAGUCGGCUAAGAGGCUGGUUGAACAUGCAGUUUGUGCCUGGAAAAGGAAAGGAAAAUCCAAUGUGAUAGACGACAUUUCAGCUGUCUGUCUCUUCUUUCAUCAUUCGAUUGCUUCUGAAGCAGUCGACGACGUUAAACUAAACAAGAACUAUGUCUGAACGUUCAACUUAUUGUUGUAGUCAUGUCUGAAAGCUCAUGCUUUCAGAACUUCCUUACAACUUAGAUUAAAAGACACACAUAAUCACCAUUACGGGAUAUUUAUAUGUACUCGCAUUUGGUCAUAACUUGGUCUUUUUACGUGUUUGAAAGCUCAAAUAUCCAAUGACAAACAAU